AUGGAUGUAACAAAGGCUCAGCUCCCGGGAGAUCUCAAAUCGAAGGUCAAAGAAACGUACGAUGCCAUCGCCGCAAACUACAAUGAAUGGACUGGUCGCAACGAGACGACGCGCGAGGACUUCCUCAAGGAGCUGCUAAAGCUGCUGCCCAAUGAUCCCAGCCGCCGACUUACUGUGUUGGAGCUCGGAUGCGGCGCGGCUCUCACGUCUACAAAGAUGUUGCUCUCCGUACCCAGCGUCGACGUCAUCGCAAACGACAUGUCCGCCGCGCAGAUCGAAAGCGCGAGGGAAAACCUGGCCAACUUUGCUGAGACGGCUAAGGACCGAGUCAAUUUCAAGGAGGGUGACAUGAUGCAGCUGUCUUUCCCGGACAACUCCCUCGACGCCGUGGUAGGGCUGUACAGCGUGAUACAUCUUCCGCGGGAGGAGCAGUCGGAGCUGGUUACAAGGAUGUCCCGCUGGCUCAGGCCAGGAGGUCACAUGCUCGUCAACUUCACGUCGGGCGCAGAUGAGGCCAACAUCAACCCAAAUUGGAUUGCUGAGAAAGGCUGGAUGUUUUGGAGUGGAUGGGGUCCAGAGCAUACAACUAAAUUGCUUGAAGCGGCAGACUUCGAAAUACUGGAAGGGAAGCUCCGAGGUGACCCUGGGGACGCUAUCUUCUUCUGGGUCAUUGCGAAGAAGAAAUGA